AUGGUACUGCAUCAUUAAUUAUUUUGUUCUAUAUCCAGACAUUUGAGCAGCAUGGAAUGUUAUGCAUUAUGGCAUCAAUGAUUCUGACAAUGAUCAAGUCUGUGUUUUAUACUAUGAGUGACAACGAUUCCUGUUUGUGUUUUCUCUCUCUCUCUCUCUCUCUCGCUCUCUCUCCCCUCCCCCCUCCCUUCCUCCAGUCGCAGCCCAGACAGUACUCACCCACUUCUGUGGCACAGGUCGCCGUGAAUCCAGCACAAUUUGAGGUAACUUUAACACACACCUCUAACUUUGCUCAGGCAUCACCUUUUCUUUGGAAUAGGUCUUAGACCAAUCUGGCUUCCAGUCUAUUUGACCUUUGACCCCUUCUUUGGGCGAUGUUUGGUACUAUUAAUGUCUUUCCUGUUUCAACAGAGUAGUGUGACCCAAUCAGGCAAAGGAUUGGUCACACCCAAAUCUGCAGGGAGUAGAAGAAUGGCUUAAGAAUUAAAUACAGGCUUAUGUUAUUCAGCUCAGCAAAUUCUUCCAACUGAAAUGUUUUAAACAUAUCCUGAAUUAUUCUAUAUGUUCUAUACGUUCUAUAUGUUCUAUAUGUUCUAUAUGUUCAAUACGUUCUAUAUGUUCUAUACGUUCUAUAUGUUCAGGAGGCUUGGUAAUGUACCUGUAUGCUUGUUAUUGUUAUGUGCUUGGCUUUAUUGAGGGAAAACAUGCAGCACUUCCUUGGGAAAGUUUUUAAAAUUCUUGACUCUGUAAAUGUGUUGAGCUCCAGACAUAGGUUGUUAAGAAAUAUGACAUACUGUACAAACCACAAGGUAAUUGCUUUCUAAGUUCUAUUAUUAGGACCAGCUUAGAUAGACACGCACAACAGUCAAUCUGAUCCCUACUUCUGUCAGUGCAAAAGCUCCACGCUGUAGAACUCUCUGCUAGUUGGUCUCUCUCCAGAAAAUAGAACGAUUAAGGAAAGAGAACGCCUCUAGUCGGCACACAUUGUACUGCACCUUCUUUAACUGGUUUCCAGCCCAAUAUUUAUAAUAAUAAUAAUAAUAGUGACAACAACAACAACAACAGGGCCUUAACAGAUUGGACAAACUGUUCUUUUGGUUUAAUGUUUUAGUUGUUGUGGAAAUUGGGUGGGCUGUGGGGGGACUGAACGUUUUCUUAUAAAUGGGUUUUAAUCAAAGCGCAACCAACAUUUCAACAUGGGUUUAGGUGUUUGUUGUGUCGUUGACCACUCAGGACAAAGGGAUUACAGAACUGGUUUACCCAGAGAAGUUAAAUCAGUUGUCUGAAUCUCUUCCCUGAAUUUAUUCCAAAAGUCUAUGCCCAGACAAUGCCAUGGUGAUGGCAUAGGGACGAGAUGCCAACCUGUGGUGGCGUAUUCACGUGUCGCUCAACUCCCCCUUUGGGCCUCUUCCAUGACAACGCAACAUAAAAUGUCACUUAUUCUGGUAUCUGCCUCUGCGUGAAACCCAGGGACAGGCUUUGGUUGAACGUGCAAAGCUAUUUUUCAAAACAGACUAUGUGUUUCAGUGUGGUGUGUUAUGUCAACAUAGUCACAUUUAACCAUGAUAGUUAUGUCACCUAAGCUGACAUACAGUAUUGAGUGUAUGGGAUAAUGAUGAUUGAUAAGGGUGUUUAAGGUUAUUUGAGUCAAAGACCUUACCCCUAGACUAGAGCUUUAUAGAUGCCCCUUAUAAGAACUUGACCUUGAGGUGCCCUCCUUCCGGUUAAAAUUAGUUUGGCUUGUGAAGCAGUGACAGACGGUUUGCUACACAGGAGAGCUACUCAGGUUUCACUUGUAUCAUACACAGGCAUGUGCUGCAUACCUAUAUACAGAUGUAGGAUCUUAAUUUGAUCACCCUGUUGCAGGAUAACAUUCCUGCAAUGCAGAACAUUUAAGAUUUUAGGUUUAAAAAGGAUUCUGAAGUUUGUAACUUCUACUUUUAUAUUUCCGACUUGAUUUUACCUUACGAAAAAUGUAUCAACCCCUCCAAAAAUGUCCAUUAAUUAUAAUCCACAUAAUAAUUAACAUUUCCUGUUGCUGCAGGAUUAUUAUCCUGCUGUAGCAAACUGGCUCAAAUUAAGAUCCUACAUCUGUACGCACAUGGUUAUGUAUAGUACCGAAUACAUCUGUACAGACUUUAUGAUCAUUUUUACUUUCCUAUGUUUUUCUUCUUCUCAGUCAUUUGUUGUUCGAUCACAAGGCACAGAAUGAAAUAGAGAAGCAAUUGGAUAAGGCAAGCUGAAAGUAAUCAUGUGACCGAGCCAAUCACAAUCCUUGUUGCAUUACAGAGUGCAUCUGCCGCCUCGACCAUGACUACAAAGCCAGGGGCGGUGUCCGUGACAAUGGGUGGCGCCACAGCAAGUGGUACCAAAGCGGGAGGAAGUCCUGCUACAGCAGGGACAACACAGAGAGGAACGGCCAAAGUGGUGAUACCAGAGGUAGACUGACAUAGCUGGGUCUAUGGAGAGUCCUUUGGGACAACCUUGGCAUAUUCUGACGUUCUUAACCCCCUUCCCUCAUUAACAUGGGUGUCUGUUACAUGGAAUAUUUCUUAUCCCUCUCUUUCUUCAUGCUCACCUUCAUCCUCUGAAACACUUCAUUCACAAAGUCUACAGCUGCUUGGGCUCUCUACCAUUGACUUCUUCACAGCUUUACCUAUGGUGCAUUCAGAUCUGCUUACGUCACCCUUCACCAUGACCUCAAAGAGCUUAAAUGAUUGAUUGUGCUAUUUUACAUGCUGGAGAAUGGGAUUAGGGCUCUUCACUGUCCAUUGGAAUGGUGCAUAAGUGUGUUGUUGGCUCGCUUUCUCAACCACAUUUCCAUAAUAUGUUCUGCGCCUGCUUCUUGGUUUGUAGACGGCACUUGUCUCUCCUAACGCUGCGGCAGCAGGUGCUACUAUUAUUGACAUACCAACACCUGGGACCAGAGGCAGUCCUAAAGACACCCCAACGGUAACUCCAUACACCCCUCCCCUAAAUAUAGUUAAUGAUUUCAUCCUCGGAAUCUUGUUGUGUAUGUGACCUCUGAAUGGCUGUUGGGUUUUAAGUUCCGGGUAGAUGUUGCCCAUAUACACAUAUCUAGGAUCAGCUUACUCUCCUCAAAUGCCUAACUUAACCAUAACUGCUGUGGGCGACGGGAAAAAUCUGGCGGGAAGUGAGCUGGCAACCUGAGGCUUGUGUGGCAGCUCCCCGAACCUCUCCAAAACCUGUCAAAUCAAAUACCAUUUUAUUUGUUGCAUGCGCCGAAUACAACAGGUGUACCGUGAAAUGCUUACUUACGAGCCCUUUCCCAACAAUGCAGAGUAAAGUGGUCAAUGCAAAUAGUCCGGGUAGCCAUUUGAUGAACUGUUCAGCAUUCUUAUGGUUAGGGGUAGAAGCUGUUCAGGAGCCUUUUGGUCCCAGACUUGCCGCUCCGGUAACGCUUGCCGUGCGGUAGCAGAGAGAACAGUCUAUGACUUGGGUGACUGGAGUUUUUGACUAUUUUUAGGGCCUUCCUCUGACACCGCCUGGUGUAGAGGUCCUGGAUGGCAGGGAGCUCGGCCACAGUGAUGUACUGGGCCGUACGCACUAUCCUCUGUAGCGCCUUGCGGUCGGAUGCCAAGCAGUUGCCAUACCAAGCGGUGAUGCAGCCAAUCAAGGUGCAGUUGUAUAACUUUUUGAGGAUCAGAGGGCCCAUGCCAAAUCUUUUCAGACACCUGAGGGGGAACAGGCGUUGCCAUGCCCUAUUCACGACUGUGUUGGUGUGUUUGGACCAUGAUAGGUCCUCAGAGAUGUGGACACAGAGGACCCACUCCACUACAGCCCCAUCAAUGUCAAUGGGGGCGUGCUCGGCCCUCCGUUUCCUGUAGUCCACGAUCAGCGCCUUUGUCUUGCUAACGUUGAGGGAGAGGUUGUCCUGGCACCACACUGCCAGGUCUAUGACCUCCCUGUAGGCUGUCUCAUCGUCGUCGGUGAUCAGGCCUACGGCCAUUGUAUCAAACUAAAUGAUGGCGUUGGAGUUGUGCGCGGCCACGCAGUCAUGGGUGAACAGGAAGUACAGGAGGGGACGAAGCACGCACCCCUGAGGGGCCCCCUUGUUGAGGGUUAGCGUGGUGGAUGUGUUGUUGCCUACCCUCACCACCUGGGGGUGGCCUGUCAGGAAGUCCAGGAUCCAGUUGCAGAGGGUGGUGUUUAAUCCCAGGGUCCUUAGUUUAGUGAUGAGCUUGGAGGGCACUAUGGCAGAGCUGUAGUCAAUGAACAGCCUCCUCAUGUAGGUGUUCCUUUUGUCCAGGUGGGUAAGGGCAGUGUGGAGUGUAAUCAGAGAUUGCAUCAUCUGUUGAUCUGUUGGGGCAGUAUGCGAAUUGGAGUUGGUUCAGGGUGUCUGGGAUGAUGGUGUUGAUGUGAGCCAUGACCAGCCUUUCAAAGCAUUUCAUGGCUACAGAUGUGAGUGCUACGGGGAGAUAGUCAUUUAGACAGGUUACCUUGAGGGACUAUGGUGGUCUGCUUGAAACAUGUAGGUAUUACAGACUGGGUCAGGGAGAGGUUGAAACUGUCAGUGAAGACACUUGCCUGCUAGUUAGCGCAUGCUCUGAGUACGCGUCCUGGUAAUCCGUCUGGCCCUGUGGCCUUGUGAAUGAAUGUUAACCUGUUUAAAGGUCUUACUCACAACUAGUUUAGCAUCUGCUUCAUCGGUCCACUUCCGUAUUGAGCGUCACUGGUACUUCCUGUUUGAGUUUUUGUUUGUAAACAGGAAUCCGGAGGAUAGAGUUAUGUUCAGAUUUGCCAAAUGGAGGGCGAGGGAGAGCUUUGAAUGCAUCUCUGUGUGUGGAGUAACGGUGAUCUAGAGUUUCUAUUCGCCUCAAGUUGCACAGGUGACAUGCUGGUAGACAUUCUUUUGGCAUAUUUCAGUUUCCCUGCAUUAAAAUCAACGGCCACUAGGAGCGCUGCCUCUGGAUGAGCAUUUUCUUGUUUGCUUAUGGCCCUAUACAGCUCGUUGAGUGCGGUCUUAGUACCAGCAUCAGUUGGUGGUGGUAAAUAGACAGCUAAGAAAAAUAAAGAUGAAAACUCUUGGUAAAUAGUAUGGUCUACAGCUUAUCAUGAGGUAUUCGAACUCAGAACCUUGAGACUUCCUUAAUAUUAGAGAUUGCACGCCAGCUGUUGUUAACGAAGAGACCCCCCACCCCCGAGCUUACCCGGCGCUGCUGUUCUGUCCUGCCGAUGUAUAGAAAAACCAGCUCGAUUUAUAUUUUCCAUGUCCUUGUUCAGCCAUGACUCGGUGAAACAUAGGAUAUUACAGUUCUUCAGAUCACGUUGAUAGGAUAGUCUCGAACGGAGCUGAUCCAAUUUAUUCUCCAGUGAUUGCACAUUCGCCAAUAAAACAGAGGGUAGAGGCGGUUUAUCCACUCACCGACGUAGUCUCGUCAGGUAUCCCACACCCCGGCCUCUAUAACGCCGCCUCUUCCUCCUCCUAGUGUCUGGGAUUUGGGCCUGGUCUGGGAUGAGCAGUAUGUCCUUCGCCUCCAAUUAAUUGAAGUAUAAAUCCUCAUCCAAAUCGAGGUUAGUGAUCGCUGUUUUGAUGUCCAAAAUCUAUUUUCCGUCAUAGGAAACGAUGGUGGAAACAUUAUGUACAAAAUAAAUUAAAAUCAGCUCAAAAAAUACAAAAUAGCACAAUUGGUCAGGAGCCUGUAAAACGUCUGCUAUUCCCUCCAGCACCAUUCUUUCGAAAAAACCUUUAUAUGUAUUUGUAUGUAUGUGUCUUUCGGAGGGGUAGGGUUAAAAGCAGAAGUCAAAUUUCGGUUAGACCUUGUGUGCAAUUGACCAAUAAAGCAAUCUUAAUCUUAGGAGAAGGAAAUGCAAAACUGAUCCUAGAUCAACUUGACCCUACUUUACAUUUUUACAACCCCUGCACCUCACACUCACUGGACCCCUUUAACCUUUACAUAAUUGAAUUUCAGGAAUUUGUAACAACGGUUAAUGUAAGUAAUAACACAGUUUUAAUGAUUUAUUUUAUGUAAUGAAGCCGGUUAAUGUAAUAACAUACCAAAAUCAAUGUUUUGACUUACUUCCCUUAAUUCGAUGCACAAACACAGACAAACUCAUGCACAUCAUACAGACACCCUCACAAGCACACAUUGAAAUGUGCACACACACACCACACAGACGUAUACACACACUACAGUGCGACACUGUUUUUUAAAACUUGUUCUUUGUGAUAUACUGAACGUGAAGUCAUUACAUUAACCAGUGUUAUUACAUGAAAAAGUUGUUACAGGGUGUCAAUACAUUGAAUUUGCUCUGUUUCUGUUGUAUACAUUGAGUUUGAACUCAUUCUUGAUUGUAGACGGCACCCAUGCACCCAGCCAAAGCUACACCUCCUACCACUGGAGGAGGCAAUAUUGUAGGGGAGGCGGCAACUCCAUGGAAAACUGAAGUACCAAAGGUCCAAGAGUCUCCGAAACAGACAGCCAAGGUAGAUGGCAGACAGUUGAGGAGUGUGGGGCCUCUCUCUUUGGAUCUUUAUUCUUUGCCCGGCCUGGCUCUCUUUAACCUCACUUCCCCAUUCAACACUCUCUUCCUGGGUCAUUAUUCCAUGUGUUAUGUCUUCCUCAUCAUCUCUCCCGUGAUCUUGAGGUUUUAGUCAUUCUUCCACCCCUUUAUAUGGUAUUCUAUCUUCAUAUUCUCUCUGGCGAUAUAUUUCAAAACAUAUCUCUGCUUUGGACUUCCUUACUUCUGGCCUGGAGGUGUAUGUUUGUCUAAGUAGGAAUUGAACAGACACUCUUAAGCUCUAUGACUGAGUCUUCCCAGCUUGCCUACACUUUAUGUUACGCUUAACACAUCAAGACAAACCAUGUCUUCCAAGUCUGUCACAUCUGUUGUCACCACAGAGAAGCCACAAUAUAUUUCCACCUUUACUUUUUCUUCUGGUUGCAUCACACCAUAUCUAGUAUUGCUUCUGGGUUUGUUUACCUUCCUAUUACUCUAGUAAACUGUGACUACACAUUUUGGUUCAGGUACUUCUCUUCUCACGGCGCCUUUCCUUUCCAUUACCUCUGACAGAUAAGGUGCUAACUAUCAUCCUAUCACUCCACUAAACUGUGACUGUAAGAUUAUGCGCAGCUCUCUGAACUCUUCUCUGCACCUCGUCUAAUGGCCUGAACCAUAUGCGUUUAUAGAGUGUGCCCACCACAUCAAGCAAAGUUGACAUGGCUAAAAAGGAUCCUGCUAAGCUGGUUACGGCUGUUGCUGCACCAGCAGUCGCGGCUGGAGACGCCUCUCUGAAGGGGCCACAGACCAAGGUAGACUCCAGACUACGUUGGGGUAUUAACCACGCUACAGUACAAGGCUCUUGAGGGUGGGGCUAUCCCUGGGGUUAGGGGGCUAUCAUUGAUCACUUGUUUGUGUCAUCUUCAUUCUUUCACUGUUUUCACACAAUGUAACCAAGAUCAUGAAUUAACACAGUGACACAGUAACAGGGACUUGGAAGCAGUGGAAGUAGUGAAGGAUAUCUGCUGUACCAUUUUACAUUUUAGCCAUUUAGCAGACACUCUUAUCCAGAGCGACAUACAGGAGCAAUUAGAAUUAAGUGCUUUGCUCAAGGGCACAUCGACAGAUGUUUCACCUUGUCGGCUCAGGUAUUCGAAUCAGCAACCUUUUGGUUACUGGCCCAACGCUCUUAACCGCUAGGCUACCUGCCAAUUGCUGUACCAUUCUGCAACUUUAUUUGAUUACAGGAGAAAAAAUAAGAAACCCGCACACUGCUCUUGCUAGUAUCACUGCUCUUUAUCAGAGCUCUGACGAAGGCCUUGAGGCUGAUACGUAAAAGCUUAACAUAGAGCAGUGAUACAAGCAAGAGCAGUGUGCGGGUUUCUUAUUUUUUCUCAUGUUAUUCAAUUGUUACAGUGCACCUGCAACAAAGAUAGCUCAGAUGUGCGAGUGCCUUUUGAAAUUUGACUACAGCAAAAAGAGGAAGAUCUUGUUCCUGCAUGAGUACUACCUAUGUGGGGUUGGUUGAAUUGAGCCCACAGCCAUCCAGAAGCUCAGUUGGGUAUAGGAGCUGAGCAGUGUCACAGAUAGUAGCCUAGUGUUGUAUUCACUAACCUCUCCUGCUCUGGGUUACAGGUACAGGUGGAAGUAGGUCCCCCAGGAGCUAACGCAGCCAAAGAGGUAAAUCAGCGAUCUAUCUUUUCUCUAUGUGGGUUUGAUAUUGCACUAAAAUGAAUGGCACGGAGUUGCAUUGCUCGUGUUUGAGUUGUGUUGCAUCAUGUGUAGGAGCUUACUGCGGACCCCUUCGAUGCCCUGGCUGAUUUCUUGCCCUCAUCAGAGCCUCUCGCCCCUGCAGCCCCUGUAUACACCGGGCCAGAGGUGAUAGAGGUACAGCACCCUCACAGAGUGUGUGUGUGUGUGUGUGGGUGAUGAUGUGUGUCCACCCGGUCACCAUGUAAAACAGUGUGUUGUUGUUGCAUGUGUCCACAGCAUGGAUUGACCUCAAAGAAGGGAGUGAUAUGUGGGGGGAAAGACUGCCCAUUGCCCCCAGGAUACCGAUUUGAGGACACGGUCAGUCUUUAAAUCACCCUCCUCCUCAAGUCUUCUUCCUACUGCUCCUGCACAUCAUCAUCACUUCUUCAUCUUCAUCCAACCCUCAGCCUAUUGCUCUUAGAGAGCUUUGAGUUUGCAUGUAUCUUUAGCUUUGCACUGCAGUACUCCCUUUGACAUGACACAUUUGUCUGGAACCCCUUGGUUAUCAGGUCUUCCAACAGAGAGAUACAGUGCAUUCGGAAAGUAUUCAGAACCCUUGACUUUUUCCACAUUUUGUUACGUUAUAGCCUUAUUCUUAAAUGGAAUAAAUCAUUUUUUCCCCGUUAUCAAUCUGCACACAAUACUCCAUAAUGAGAAAGCAAAAACAGGCCACUCCUGCGUUGUCUUGGCUAUGUGCUUAGGGUCGUUGUCCUGUUUGAAGGUGAACCUUCGCCCCAGUCUGAGGUCCUGAGCGCUCUGGAGCAGGUUUUAAUCAAGGAUCUCUCUGUACUUUGCUCCGUUCAUCUUUCCCUCGACCCCCACAGCAUGAUGCUGCCACCACCAUGCUUCACCGUGUGGAUGGUGCCAGGUUUCCUCCAGACGUGAAGCGUGGCAUUCAGGCCAAAUAAUUCAAUCUUGGUUUCAUCAGACCAGAGAAUCUUGUCUCUCAUGGUCUGAGAGUCCUUUAGGUGCCUUUUGGCUAACUCCAAGUGGGCUGUCAUGUGCCUUUUACUGAGGAGUGGCUUCCCUCUGGCCACUCUACCAUAAAGGCCUGGUGGAGUACUGCAGAGAUGGUUGUCCUUCUGGAAGGUUCUCCCAUAUCCACAGAGGACCUCUGGAGCUCUGUCAGAGUGACCAUCGGGUUCUUGGGCACCUCCCUGACCAAGGCCCUUCUCCCCCGAUUGCUCAGUUUGGCCGGGCAGCCAGCUCUAGGAAGAGUCUUGGUGGUUCCAAACUGUGUUCUUGGGGACCUUCAAUGCUGCAGACAUUUUUUGGUACCCUUCCCCAGAUCUGUGCUUCGACACAAUCCUCUCGGAGCUCUAUGGACAAUUCCUUCGACCUCAUUGCUUGGUUUUUGUUCUGACAUGCACUGUCAACUGUGGGACCUUUAUAUAGACAGUUGUGUGCCUCUCAGAAUCAUGUCAAAUCAAUUGAAUUUACCACAGGUGGACUCCAAUCAAGUUGUAGAUGCAUCUCAAGGAUGAUCAAUGGAGACAGGAUGCACCUGAGCUCAAUUUCGAGUCUUAUACAAAGGGUCUGAAUACUUAUGUAAAUAAGGUAUUUCAGGUUUUUUUGUUUUUUACAUUUGCAAAAAGGAAAAAAAGUAAUUUAAUAAAUUUUAGAAUAAGGCUGUAACUUAACAAGAUGUGGAAAAAGUCAAGGGAAUACUUUCCGAAUGCGCUGUAAGCCCCAUCCAGAAACAACCCCUAGCCCCUGUCUUAUCCCCUGGACACUUGUGUUAAUCUAAGAGGACUGGAUAGGUGUAAUCAAUAUGGACACAGUUUCUCCAAGCUGAUCAGAUGACAAGAUGGAACUACUACCAUAUCUAUCAUUUUCUUUCAGAUGUAUAUGAUGCAACGUAGAGGGCUUGGACUAGGGUUUAUUUCUGGACUAGGCCAAAAAAGCCUGUGUAUAGUUACCACCCUUGAAUAUUAUUUUGUCAUUAUUUUGAGAACAUGAUCAGAUUUUAUUUAAAUCUAGGCUUACUCUACUAAAAUAUGUAAUUAUUGAACUUUUGUUAUUUUGAAUAAAAAUGUAUGUUUUACUUUUCAUAGGCCCCAGUUGCAGAUGUCAAGCCAAAAGAUGUCCCGGUAAGUCAUUGUAUUUACUGCUAGGGAAUGCAGUGUCUGCUGGGGAGAAAUAUUGAGAUAUUGACUUCCCCAUCUCCUCUUUCUCUCAAUCUUCCUCACAUAUCCACUAACUAGUGCACGCACCAAUGUGCGCACACACACACACACACAAACACAGUAAAUUAACUAAACAAACCAUAGGCCAUCCCAUGGUCUCUUUUGACAGUUUUGGGUACCUCUACAGUGUGGAAUGUUGCAUUGCACUGUGGGGUGUUGGCUCUGCAAACAACAUUAGACUCACCUCAACAAGCUGGCUCUAGUUCUGCUAAACCCAUCACUUAUAAACACACACACACACUAGCAACAGAUACAUAGUCAACACACAAUCACUCAUUACUCCACACCUAUUCACCUAUACACACCUACACACACACACAUUGACCCUCUGGGUCACACCUUGUUUUGUAAUGCAGUUCUCUGUGUAGUAUACCUCUGCGUCUAAGAGCUUGAUAGAACAUGAGGCAAACUCUUUUACCCCUGAAGUAUGUUGUCAAAAGUGAGUUGUCUAGAGUUUCCCAUUGGUUAUAAAUCAUUCAUUUUUACAAGACAACUGAAACCGAUAAAUCUGAUGUUAAGUAAAAAGUCUGCUCAGAGUCCUUUGCGGAGUACUUUGAGAUUCUGGGGAAUGUGAUUGGUGGGUGUGUCGGUUCUUUUCCUGCUGGUCUGGUUUACAUAUGCCCCCUUUCAAUGCUUGGCGUUAGUCUGACACGCUCUCUAGUGGUGGAUUUGAAGACAAAACUGUUACUGUAAUGCUUUGUGUAUAAUUAAGGUUAUUUGUUUGCUUGUUUGUUUACUUGUAUCAGAAACCCAUGAGCACAGAUGAGGCUCUGGACUCCCUGUCCUUUGGGUUCACAACCUCUAUGGCUCCCAUCCCUCAUAAACAGGAGAAGGUGAGACGUUGCACUAUUAACAGGUUAUAAUCACUUAUAACAACUUGGGCACUGUUCCCUGAAACAUCCAUAACGUUACAGAAUUAUUAUUAGUCCCAUAGUCUUUCGGGUGAGACUGAGGUCCUGACCAGUGACACUGUAAAUAAUAAGUGAGGUAGGGUGGGGCGAUAUGGCCUAAAAAUAAUAUCUACAUUUUUUCAAACUUAUGGGCGAUUCACAAUAUACAGUGGGGAGAACAAGUAUUUGAUACACUGCCGAUUUUGCAGGUUUUUCUACUUACAAAGCAUGUAGAGGUCUGUAAUUUUUUAUCAUAGGUACACAUCAACUGUGAUAGACGGAAUCUAAUACAAAAAUCCAGAAAAUCACAUUGUAUGAUUUUUAAGUAAUUAAUUUGCAUUUUAUUGCAUGACAUAAGUAUUUGAUCACCUACCAACCAGUAAGAAUUCCGGCUCUCACAGACCUGUUAGUUUUUCUUUAAGAAGCCCUCCUGUUCUCCACUCAUUACCUGUAUUAACUGCACCUGUUUGAACUCGUUACCUGUAUAAAAGACACCUGUCCACACACUCAAUCAAACAGACUCCAACCUCUCCACAAUGGCCAAGACCAGAGAGCUGUGUAAGGACAUCAGGGAUAAAAUGGUAGACCUGCACAAGGCUGGGAUGGGCUACAGGACAAUAGGCAAGCAGCUUGGUGAGAAGGCAACAACUGUUGGCGCAAUUAUUAGAAAAUGGAAGAAGUUCAAGAUGACGGUCAAUCACCCUCGGUCUGGGGCACCAUGCAAGAUCUCACCUCGUGGGGCAUCAAUGAUCAUGAGGAAGGUGUGGGAUCAGCCCAGAACUACACGGCAGGACCUGGUCAAUGACCUGAAGAGAUCUGGGACCACAGUCUCAAAGAAAACCAUUAAUAACACACUACGCCGUCAUGGAUUAAAAUCCUGCAGCGCACGCAAGGUCCCCCUGCUCAAGCCAGCGCAUGUCCAGGCCCGUCUGAAGUUUGCCAAUGACCAUCUGGAUGAUCCAGAGGAGGAAUGGGAGAAGGUCAUGUGGUCUGAUGAGACAAAAAUAUAGCUUUUUGGUCUAAAUUCCACUCGCCGUGUUUGGAGGAAGAAGAAGGAUGAGUACAACCCCAAGAACACCAUCCCAACCGUGAAGCAUGAAGGUGGAAACAUCAUUCUUUGGGGAUGCUUUUCUGCAAAGGGGACAGGACGACUGCACCGUAUUGAGGGGAGGAUGGAUGGGGCCAUGUAUCGCGAGAUCUUGGCCAACAACCUCCUUCCCUCAGUAAGAGCAUUGAAGAUGGGUUGUGGCUGGGUCUUCCAGCAUGACAACAACCCGAAACACACAGCCAGGGCAACUAAGGAGUGGCUCCGUAAGAACCAUCUCAAGGUCCUGGAGUGGCCUAGCCAGUCUCCAGACCUGAACCCAAUAGAAAAUCUUUGGAGGGAGCUGAAAGUCCGUAUUGCCCAGCGACAGCCCCGAAACCUGAAGGAUCUGGAGAAGGUCUGUAUGGAGGAGUGGGCCAAAAUCCCUGCUGCAGUGUGUGCAAACCUGGUCAAGACCUACAGGAAACGUAUGAUCUCUGUAAUUGCAAACAAAGGUUUCUGUACCAAAUAUUAAGUUCUGCUUUUCUAAUGUAUCAAAUACUUAUGUCAUGCAAUACAAUGCAAAUCAAUUACUUAAAAAUCAUACAAUGUGAUUUUCUGGAUUUUUGUUUUAGAUUCCGUCUCUCACAGUUGAAGUGUACCUAUGAUAAAAAUUACAGACCUCUACAUGCUUUGUAAGUAGGAAAACCUGCAAAAUCGGCAGUGUAUCAAAUACUUGUUCUCCCCACUGUAUAUCUUAAUUUUUUUUUAUGUUUACUCUAAAUAAAUGUUGUUGUACAAUUAAAGGUCAAAUACACUGCAUUUUAAACAGUCAGCAAUAAUCAAAUGAAUUCAGGGCUUGUGAAGUUAAACCUAGGCUAAAUACACUACGUGACCAAAGGUAUGUGGACACCUGCUCGACGAACAUCUCAUUCCAAAACCAUGGGCAUGAAUAUGGAGUUGGUCCCCCCUUUGCUGCUAUAACAGCCUCCACUCUUCUGGGAAGGCUUCAAUAUGACCGAUUCUGUUGCACUAAACCUGAAGUACAAGUAGCGAGUUGAAACCGCUUGUCAGUGAGGAUAUGAUCUCUCAACUUUGUUGGCGUGAGAGGCAAGGCUUGUUGGUGUGUGUAAAGCAUAGAGGAACAGGCGAACAUCUCGCUAAAAUCUGUCCAAAAUAAGCCCAAUGCGUUUCUAUGGGUUUAUUUUGAACGUAAACUUGUUAGGGCGGAGACUUGCAUUUCUUUAGUAUAUAUAGAUUUCUGGUGUAAAUGGGGAGGUGCACAGAAGGAGCGAAAGAGACGAGACUAAAAAUACAACACGAAAACAAACGGAAGUAAACGCUCAUAAAAAAUAUAAAUUAUAAAACCUUGAUUCUUGCGAUACAGGCAUACAUUCGAAUUAAUUCGAUAUAUCGCCCAGCCCUAAAGUGAGGUGUCAUUAAAACCCGAUGAUAUUUCAUCUGUUGACAGAAAGUGGAGGAUUUGGCUGCCAUUGAUGCCUUGUCUGCUGGCUUCUCCAACUUUGCUCCACCUCCAUCAGCUCCCAUCAAGGUAAAGAAAGACAGAUUAUAUUAACUGUCAUUAGCAUGAGAUGGUAAACUGUUAUGAGAACCAAUGUCAAGUUAUGUCAACUGACAUAGCACAGUCAUAAUGACACAUAGCACAAUGUAGGCUAGCUUGUUGGACAGCUAACUUGCUAGCCACUUACUGCUGAUGCUAAUGCCAUAUUGUAUUGAUGAUACAUACAAGAUGACCAUUUAUUUCAUUUUGACACAGUGUCAGCUGUAAUAGCUUAUGACAACUGUUAUGUCAUGUUAACGUUCUGUAAAGACAGCCUUCUGGUGAAGGCUUCAAAUGAGCUUUCCCCGGUUCCUCUCAACUAGAACCUAAGAAACAGUAUUUAACAAACCAAAUAAUAAUCUUCUUCUUCUUCCAGAAAGCUGAAGAGUUUAUGUCUGCUCCUGUGACCAAGUCUCCUGCUCCCCCCGCUGACAAGAAAGCUAAGGUGGAAAAGGUAAAUAACACCAAAGAAACAGGUCCUACAUCAUGACUACAUCACAUAAGCCAUGCAUAACACUAAAUAAACCAUGACAAACGCUUAUGUCCAAUGUUAUACUGGGAUGUCCAAUGUUGCAGCUGACCCUGUUGUGUGUGUGAUGAGUUGGGUUGAGUACUUUGUCAUCAAAAAAAGCUAUAUCCAUGCAAAUGGAAAACAAACUCUUCAACAAACUAUGUUAUACUUAACGUUGUCGGUGAUCAGGCCUACCACUGUUGUGUUGUCGGCAAACAUAAUGAUGGUGUUGGAAUCGUGCCUGGCCAUGCAGUCAUGGGUGAACAGGGAGUACAGGAGGGGACUGAGCACGCACCCCUGAGGGGCCCCCGUGUUGAGGAUCAGUGUGGCAGAUGUGUUGUUACCUACCCUUACCACCUGGGGGCGGUCCGUCAGGAAGUCCAGGAUCCAGUUGCAGAGGGAGGUGUUUAGUCCUAGGAUCCUUAGCUUAGUGAUGAGCUUUGAGGGCACUAUGGUGUUGAAUGCUGAGCUGUAGUCAAUGAAUAGCAUUCUCACGUAGGUGUUCCUCUUGUCCAGGUCGGAAAGGGCAGUGUGGAGUGCAAUAGAGAUUGCAUCAUCUGUGGAUCUGUUGGGGCGGUAUGCAAAUUGGAGUGUGUCUAGGGUUUCUGGGAUAAUGGUGUUGAUGUGAGCCAUGACCAGCCUUUCAAAGCACUUCAUGGCUACAGACGUCAGUGCUACGGGUCGGUAGUCAUUUAGGCAGGUUAUCUUAGUGUCCUUGGGCACGGGGACUAUGGUGGUCUGCUUGAAACAUGUUGGUAUUACAGACUCAGUCAGGGACAUGUUGAAAAUGUCAGUGAAGACACUUGCCAGUUGGUCAGCAUAUGCUCGGAGUACACGUCCUGGUAAUCCGUCUGGCCCUGCGGCCUUGUGAAGGUUGACCUGCUUAAAAGUCUUACUCACAUUGGCUACGGAGAGCGUGAUCACAUAGUCAUCCGGAACAGAUGGUGCUCUCAUGCAUGCUUCAGUGUUGCUUGCCUCGAAGCGAGCAUAGAAGUGGUUUAGCUCGUCUGGAAGUCUUGUGUCACUGGGCUGCUCGUGGCUGUGCUUCCCUUUGUAGUCUGUAAUAGUUUUCAAGCCCUGCCACAUCCGACGAGCGUCAGAGCCGGUGUAGUACAAUUCAAUCUUAGUCCUGUACUGACUCUUUGCCUAUUUUAUUAUUAUUAUUAUUUGAUGGUUCGUCUAAGGGCAUAGCGGGAUUUCUUAUAAGCGUCCGGGUUAGAGUCCCUCAGUGCGGAUGUUGCCUGUAAUCCAUGGCUUCUGGUUGGGGUAUGUACGUACGGUCACUGUAUAGAGACACCCUCACAAUCACAAAUUGAAAUGUACACAUGCACAAACACACACACCACACACACACACACACACCACACAGACGCGUAUACACACACACUACAGUGUGACACUGUUUUAUAUGAUAUACUGAAUGUGAAAUUUCUAUCAAAACCUUUCUCAUUCUGUUCCCAAAUUGACCUAGCUAUGAUACCUAUUUUUUCAUUAAAAAAAAAAAAGUGAUUGACAUACAAGAAAGUAUGAUCGUCCUGAUCAUCUAACUUACAGUAAAAUAGACUUGAAAUGAUUACCUGUAACCUGAUGUUGUGAUUGUGGGUCAUGUUGUUGCUGGACCAUAUGUAUUUAUGUCUUUGUCAUAACUAGUUGGAUUCUACGAGGAAAGCAUCCCUUCAUCAAACAUUCCAAUUGGCUCAACAACCAAAUGUUCACAUUGUUGCUGUGGAUUUUGUCAUACCCACAAUUUAUGAUCAAAUCUGUGCGUACACAUUUUUUAAAUAAAUGAGGCCCUUGGUCUCCCAUCCAGGGAGCGAGUAGCACCAAUCCUGCUUAGCUUCAGAAGGAAGCCACUAUUUUGGUGUAUGGGGCUGGGACUGAUGAAAUGUAACCCCUUUCAAAUUCAUAGACAGUGCACUAGAUGCAUGGACAGUCCAUGACAGCCACAUUGAUAGUUUUAAACAGAAGCUAUACACAAUGUCUCUGUCUGACCCAGCUGACUAAUGAGUGUCUGUGUUCAGAGUCUGAAGAGUCUCUCUGCUCUAACUCUCUCUGAGACUUUUAUACUGCCACAUAUGAAUAUUCAUAAGCAUAUCAUAGGUGAAACAAAGUUGUUGUCCACUUCUUAGAGGUCCAAUCCUGCAAGGGCGUGUUAAGCAAGCGAAAGAGAGUGAGUUGAUACUCACCUGAUAACGUAAUAAUCACAGGUUAACGUAACUUAUUACAUUAAGCGGAAAAGGUUAUCCGUUCCAAUUGUUUAUUACAUUAAAUAGCAAGUUAUUACAUUAGUUAUUAUUAGUUAUUAAAUUAACUGGUUUUAUUACAUAAAAAAAUCAAUUGUUGUUAUUGCAUUAACCGUUGUUACAGGGUGUCAUCAUACAUCGAAUUUGCUCUGUUUCUGUUGUAUACAUUGAGUUUGAACUCAUUCUUGAUUGUAGACGGCACCCAUGCACCCAGCCAAAGCUACACCUCCUACCACUGGAGGAGGCAAUAUUGUAGGGGAGGCGGCAACUCCAUGGAAAACUGAAGUACCAAAGGUCCAAGAGUCUCCGAAACAGACAGCCAAGGUAGAUAGCAGACAGUUGAGGAGUGUGGGGCCUCUCUCUUUGGAUCUUUAUUCUUUGCCCGGCCUGGCUCUCUUUAACCUCACUUCCCCAUUCAACACUCUCUUCCUGGGUCAUUAUUCCAUGUGUUAUGUCUUCCUCAUCAUCUCUCCCGUGAUCUUGAGGUUUUAGUCAUUCUUCCACCCCUUUAUAUGGUAUUCUAUCUUCAUAUUCUCUCUGGCGAUAUAUUUCAAAACAUAUCUCUGCUUUGGACUUCCUUACUUCUGGCCUGGAGGUGUAUGUUUGUCUAAGUAGGAAUUGAACAGACACUCUUAAGCUCUAUGACUGAGUCUUCCCAGCUUGCCUACACUUUAUGUUACGCUUAACACAUCAAGACAAACCAUGUCUUCCAAGUCUGUCACAUAUGUUGUCACCACAGAGAAGCCACAAUAUAUUUCCACCUUUACUUUUUCUUCUGGUUGCAUCACACCAUAUCUAGUAUUGCUUCUGGGUUUGUUUACCUUCCUAUUACUCUAGUAAACUGUGACUACACAUUUUGGUUCAGGUACUUCUCUUCUCACGGCGCCUUUCCUUUCCAUUACCUCUGACAGAUAAGGUGCUAACUAUCAUCCUAUCACUCCACUAAACUGUGACUGUAAGAUUAUGCGCAGCUCUCUGAACUCUUCUCUGCACCUCGUCUAAUGGCCUGAACCAUAUGCGUUUAUAGAGUGUGCCCACCACAUCAAGCAAAGUUGACAUGGCUAAAAAGGAUCCUGCUAAGCUGGUUACGGCUGUUGCUGCACCAGCUGUCGCGGCUGGAGACGCCUCUCUGAAGGGGCCACAGACCAAGGUAGACUCCAGACUACGUUGGGGUAUUAACCACGCUACAGUACAAGGCUCUUGAGGGUGGGGCUAUCCCUGGGGUUAGGGGGCUAUCAUUGAUCACUUGUUUGUGUCAUCUUCAUUCUUUCACUGUUUUCACACAAUGUAACCAAGAUCAUGAAUUAACACAGUGACACAGUAACAGGGACUUGGAAGCAGUGGAAGUAGUGAAGGAUAUCUGCUGUACCAUUUUACAUUUUAGCCAUUUAGCAGACACUCUUAUCCAGAGCGACAUACAGGAGCAAUUAGAAUUAAGUGCUUUGCUCAAGGGCACAUCGACAGAUGUUUCACCUUGUCGGCUCAGGUAUUCGAAUCAGCAACCUUUUGGUUACUGGCCCAACGCUCUUAACCGCUAGGCUACCUGCCAAUUGCUGUACCAUUCUGCAACUUUAUUUGAUUACAGGAGAAAAAAUAAGAAACCCGCACACUGCUCUUGCUAGUAUCACUGCUCUUUAUCAGAGCUCUGACGAAAGCCUUGAGGCUGAUACGUAAAAGCUUAACAUAGAGCAGUGAUACAAGCAAGAGCAGUGUGCGGGUUUCUUAUUUUUUCUCAUGUUAUUCAAUUGUUACAAUGCACCUGCAACAAAGAUAGCUCAGAUGUGCGAGUGCCUUUUGAAAUUUGACUACAGCAAAAAGAGGGUGCUCUUGUUCCUGCAUGAGUACUACCUAUGUGGGGUUGGUUGAAUUGAGCCCACAGCCAUCCAGAAGCUCAGUUGGGUAUAGGAGCUGAGCAGUAUCACAGAUAGUAGCCUAGUGUUGUAUUCACUAACCUCUCCUGCUCUGGGUUACAGGUACAGGUGGAAGUAGGUCCCCCAGGAGCUAACGCAGCCAAAGAGGUAAAUCAGCGAUCUAUCUUUUCUCUAUGUGGGUUUGAUAUUGCACUAAAAUGAAUGGCACGGAGUUGCAUUGCUCGUGUUUGAGUUGUGUUGCAUCAUGUGUAGGAGCUUACUGCGGACCCCUUCGAUGCCCUGGCUGAUUUCUUGCCCUCAUCAGAGCCUCUCGCCCCUGCAGCCCCUGUAUACACCGGGCCAGAGGUGAUAGAGGUACAGCACCCUCACAGAGUGUGUGUGUGUGUGUGUGGGUGAUGAUGUGUGUCCACCCGGUCACCAUGUAAAACAGUGUGUUGUUGUUGCAUUUGUCCACAGCAUGGAUUGACCUCAAAGAAGGGAGUGAUAUGUGGGGGGAAAGACUGCCCAUUGCCCCCAGGAUACCGAUUUGAGGACACGGUCAGUCUUUAAAUCACCCUCCUCCUCAAGUCUUCUUCCUACUGCUCCUGCACAUCAUCAUCACUUCUGCAUCUUCAUCCAACCCUCAGCCUAUUACUGUUAGAGAGCUUUGAGUUUGCAUGUAUCUUUAGCUUUGCACUGCAGUACUCCCUUUGACAUGACACAUUUGUCUGGAACCCCUUGGUUAUCAGGUCUUCCAACAGAGAGAUACAGUGCAUUCGGAAAUAAUUCAGAACCCUUGACUUUUUCCACAUUUUGUUACGUUAUAGCCUUAUUCUUAAAUGGAAUAAAUAAUUUUUUCCCCGUUAUCAAUCUGCACACAAUACUCCAUAAUGAGAAAGCAAAAACAGGCCACUCCUACGUUGUCUUGGCUAUGUGCUUAGGGUCGUUGUCCUGUUUGAAGGUGAACCUUCGCCCCAGUCUGAGGUCCUGAGCGCUCUGGAGCAGGUUUUCAUCAAGGAUCUCUCUGUACUUUGCUCCGUUCAUCUUUCCCUCGACCCCCACAGCAUGAUGCUGCCACCACCAUGCUUCACCCUAUGGAUGGUGCCAGGUUUCCUCCAGAGGUGAAGCGUGGCAUUCAGGCUAAAGAAUUCAAUCUUGGUUUCAUCAGACCAGAGAAUCUUGUCUCUCAUGGUCUGAGAGUCCUUUAGGUGCCUUUUGGCUAACUCCAAGUGGUCUGUCAUGUGCCUUUUACUGAGGAGUGGCUUCCCUCUGGCCACUCUACCAUAAAGGCCUGGUGGAGUACUGCAGAGAUGGUUGUCCUUCUGGAAGGUUCUCCCAUAUCCACAGAGGACCUCUGGAGCUCUGUCAGAGUGACCAUCGGGUUCUUGGGCACCUCCCUGACCAAGGCCCUUCUCCCCCGAUUGCUCAGUUUGGCCUGGGCAGCCAACUCUCAGGUAAGAGUCUUGGUGGUUCCAACUGUGUUCUUGGGGACCUUCAAUGCUGCAGACAUUUUUUGGUACCCUUCCCCAGAUCUGUGCUUCGACACAAUCCUCUCGGAGCUCUAUGGACAAUUCCUUCGACCUCAUUGCUUGGUUUUUGUUCUGACAUGCACUGUCAACUGUGGGACCUUUAUAUAGACAGUUGUGUGCCUCUCAGAAUCAUGUCAAAUCAAUUGAAUUUACCACAGGUGGACUCCAAUCAAGUUGUAGAUGCAUCUCAAGGAUGAUCAAUGGAGACAGGAUGCACCUGAGCUCAAUUUCGAGUCUUAUACAAAGGGUCUGAAUACUUAUGUAAAAAAGGUAUUUCAGGUUUUUUUGUUUUUUACAUUUGCAAAAAGGAAAAAAAGUAAUUUAAUCAAUUUUAGAAUAAGGCUGUAACUUAACAAGAUGUGGAAAAAGUCAAGGGAAUACUUUCCGAAUGCGCUGUAAGCCCCAUCCAGAAACAACCCCUAGCCCCUGUCUUAUCCCCUGGACACUUGUGUUAAUCUAAGAGGACUGGAUAGGUGUAAUCAAUAUGGACACAGUUUCUCCAAGCUGAUCAGAUGACAAGAUGGAACUACUACCAUAUCUAUCAUUUUCUUUCAGAUGUAUAUGAUGCAACGUAGAGGGCUUGGACUAGGGUUUAUUUCUGGACUAGGCCAAAAAAGCCUGUGUAUAGUUACCACCCUUGAAUAUUAUUUUGUCAUUAUUUUGAGAACAUGAUCAGAUUUUAUUUAAAUCUAGGCUUACUCUACUAAAAUAUGUAAUUAUUGAACUUUUGUUAUUUUGAAUAAAAAUGUAUGUUUUACUUUUCAUAGGCCCCAGUUGCAGAUGUCAAGCCAAAAGAUGUCCCGGUAAGUCAUUGUAUUUACUGCUAGGGAAUGCACUGUAUGCUGGGGAGAAAUAUUGAGAUAUUGACUUCCCCAUCUCCUCUCCUCUUUCUCUCAAUCUUUCUCACAUAUCCACUAACUAGUGCAGCACCAAUGUGCGCACACACACACACACACAAACACAGUAAAUUAACUAAACAAACCAUAGGCCAUCCCAUGGUCUCUUUUGACAGUUUUGGGUACCUCUACAGUUGGGAAUGUUGCAUUGCACUGUGGGGUGUUGGCUCUGCAAACAACAUUAGACUCACCUCAACAAGCUGGCUCUAGUUCUGCUAAACUCAUCACUUAUAAACACACACACACUAGCAACAGAUACAUAGUCAACACACAAUCACUCAUUACUCCACACCUAUUCACCUAUACACACCUACACACACACACAUUGACCCUCUGGGUCACACCUUGUUUUGUAAUGCAGUUCUCUGUGUAGUAUACCUCUGCGUCUAAGAGCUUGAUAGAACAUGAGGCAAACUCUUUUACCCCUGAAGUAUGUUGUCAAAAGUGAGUUGUCUAGAGUUUCCCAUUGGUUAUAAAUCGUUCAUUUUUACAAGACAACUGAAACCGAUAAAUCUGAUGUUAAGUAAAAAGUCUGCUCAGAGUCCUUUGCGGAGUACUUUGAGAUUCUGGGGAAUGUGAUUGGUGGGUGUGUCGGUUCUUUUCCUGCUGGUCUGGUUUACAUAUGCCCCCUUUCAAUGCUUGGCGUUAGUCUGACACGCUCUCUAGUGGUGGAUUUGAAGACAAAACUGUUACUGUAAUGCUUUGUGUAUAAUUAAGGUUAUUUGUUUGCUUGUUUGUUUACUUGUAUCAGAAACCCAUGAGCACAGAUGAGGCUCUGGACUCCCUGUCCUUUGGGUUCACAACCUCUAUGGCUCCCAUCCCUCAUAAACAGGAGAAGGUGAGACGUUGCACUAUUAACAGGUUAUAAUCACUUAUAACAACUUGGGCACUGUUCCCUGAAACAUCCAUAACGUUACAGAAUUAUUAUUAGUCCCAUAGUCUUUCGGGUGAGACUGAGGUCCUGACCAGUGACACUGUAAAUAAUAAUGAGGUGGCAUAUGCCUAAAAAGAAUAUCUUAAUUUUUCAAACUAUGGGCGAUUCACAUAUACAGUGGGUAAACAGUAUUGAUACACUGCCGAUUUGCAGGUUUCCUACUACAAAGCUGUAAGGUCUGUAAUUUUUAUCAUAGGUACACAUCAACUGUGAUAGACGGAAUCUAAUACAAAAAUCCAGAAAUCACUUGUAUGAUUGUAAGAAAUUCAUUUAUGCAUGACAUAAGUAUGAUCACCUCCACCAGUAAGAUUCCGGCUAUCACAGACUGUUAGUUUUCUUUAAGAAGCCCUCCUGUCUCCACUCUUACUGUAUUAACUGCACCUGUAUUUGAAAUGACUCUUACCUGUAAUAAAGACACCUGUCACACCAUGUCCAACCUCUCUCCACAUGGCCAUGACCAAGAGCUGUAAGGAUCCGGCCUUAUCACAUACGGUUGCACAGUGGGUGGCGUUAUGACAACAAAGACUCAUGACAGCUUCAAGAGAAGGCACCUUCCGCAGGUGUAUCAACAAACAGUAUUUAACAAACCAAAUAAUAAUCUUCUUCUUCUUCUUCUUCUUCCAGAAAGCUGAAGAGUUUAUGUCUGCUCCUGUGACCAAGUCUCCUGCUCCCCACCGCUGACAAGAAAGCUAAGGUGGAAAAGGUAAAUAACACCAAAGAAACAGGUCCUACAUCAUGACUACAUCACAUAAGCCUAAUCACAUAAUGCACAUUCACUAAUCAUGACUAACUUCUUGUAGCAGGCAUUAGGCUAUAGAAAAUUAGCACAGGUCUCAUCAACAAUCUCUCAAGCCCAUGUGCUAGUGAUUAGCCAGUUUAUCUUCAUAUUUCAAGUGUAGCCAGUUUGGCUCUAUUUGCUAGCUAACAAGGUUGAACAGUUGAAUUGUUAUGAACCCACCCUUUGUCUGUCUCCAACUGUUUGAAAAGCAUGUUAGCAUGUCCACUUUGUUCAGAUGUUGAAAUCAAGUGGCCUACUUAUUUCUCAGAAUGAGAACGAGUUGCCAAUUCCUAAUGAAUCAGGGCUUUGAAGUUAAAACCUAGGCUAAAUACACACGUGACCAAAGGGAUGUGGACACCUGCUCGACGAAACAUAUCAUCACAAACCAUGGGCUGAAUAUGGAGUGGUCCCCCCUUUGCUGCUAUAACAGCUCCACUCUUCUGGGAAGGUCAAUAUGACCGAUUCUGUUGCACUAAACCUGAAGUACAAGUAGCGAGUUGAAACCGCUUGUCAGUGAGGAUAUGAUCUCUCAACUUUGUUGGCGUGAGAGGCAAGGCUUGUUGGUGUGUGUAAAGCAUAGAGGAACAGGCGAACAUCUCGCUAAAAUCUGUCCAAAAUAAGCCCAAUGCGUUUCUAUGGGUUUAUUUUUAACGUAAACUUGUUAGGGCGGAGACUUGCAUUUCUUUAGUAUAUAUAGAUUUCUGGUGUAAAUGGGGAGGUGCACAGAAGGAGCGAAAGAGACGAGACUAAAAAUACAACACGAAAACAAGCGGAAGUAAACGCUCAUAAAAAAUAUAAAUUACAAAACCUUGAUUCUUGCGAUACAGGCAUACAUUCGAAUUAAUUCGAUAUAUCGCCCAGCCCUAAAGUGAGGUGUCAUUAUAACCCGAUGAUAUUUCAUCUGUUGACAGAAAGUGGAGGAUUUGGCUGCCAUUGAUGCCUUGUCUGCUGGCUUCUCCAACUUUGCUCCACCUCCAUCAGCUCCCAUCAAGGUAAAGAAAGACAGAUUAUAUUAACUGUCAUUAGCAUGAGAUGGUAAACUGUUAUGAGAACCAAUGUUAAGUUAUGUCAACUGACAUAGCACAGUCAUAAUGACACAUAGCACAAUGUAGGCUAGCUUGUUGGACAGCUAACUUGCUAGCCACUUACUGCUGAUGCUAAUGCCAUAUUGUAUUGAUGAUACAUACAAGAUGACCAUUUAUUUCAUUUUGACACAGUGUCAGCUGUAAUAGCUUAUGACAACUGUUAUGUCAUGUUAACGUUCUGUAAAGACAGCCUUCUAGUGAAGGCUUCAAAUGAGCUUUCCCCGGUUCCUCUCAACUAGAACCUAAGAAACAGUAUUUAACAAACCAAAUAAUCUUCUUCUUCUUCUUCUUCUUCUUCCAGAAAGCUGAAGAGUUUAUGUCUGCUCCUGUGACCAAGUCUCCUGCUCCCCCCGCUGACAAGAAAGCUAAGGUGGAAAAGGUAAAUAACACCAAAGAAACAGGUCCUACAUCAUGACUACAUCACAUAAGCCAUGCAUAACACUAAAUAAACCAUGACAAACGCUUAUGUCCAAUGUUAUACUGGGAUGUCCAAUGUUGCAGCUGACACUGUGCUACUCAGCCUGUUGUGUGUGUGAUGAGUUGGGUUGAGUACUUUGUCAUCAAAAAAAGCUAUAUCCAUGCAAAUGGACAACAAACUAUGUUAUACUUAUGUUGGGUUGUGAAGCUGUUAUCUAUUGACAUGUGUUUGUGUUUCAGUUUGCUGGUGACUUCUCUCUGAUGUCAGGAUUGGACUCCCCACUGGACACCAAGCCCAAGACAGAUGAGGUUUGGCAAAUGAGGGCUACAGUUUCUAUCUAACAACCAACGAAAUACUAGUCUUUACAGUAGAGAUGUAUUGCAGUUAUUCUUGUACUAUGCACCAUCCAUUGUGCUAUUGAUCACAUUAUCUAAUCCAUAUACCCCCUUGUCUCCCCCUCCCUAUGUCCCACUGCCCCCCUCUCUGCCUCUGUGUCCCUCUCUGUCCUCCUCUGUCUGUGUCUUCAGGGUGGCUCCAUGUCUCUGGAGGCUCUCAGUGAUCUGGGAGACUCUCUGGCUGCUCCAGAACCAGCGCCUGAACCUCCCAAGAUCAGACCUGAGGACGUUGUCACGGUAUACUGACUUGUAUUCCCUUUAUUAUUUAUGGAGCUCAUAGCUGAAUUGUUUAGUCUCUGAAGAUGACAGCAACUCCUGCUGUGACGGAUAGAGUUUAUGUGGCAUUUCGUAUGGCCAUAGGUGCUACAUUUUGUGUGUGACAUUAUUUUGUGUUCAUUUCUGCUCUUCAGGAGGGCAAACUGACAUCGAAGAAGGGAGUGUUUGUGGGUGAGAGAGACCACACUCUCCCACCAAAGUACAGGUUCACAGAGGACAAAGUCAAAGGUCUACCUCCUCCCAAGCCAGAGGUGGGUCUCAUAUAGGCAAAGCACAAGUAAUUGGGAGAUAAAAGAGGACAAAUUCUGUAUCACUAUAUUAAAAGAUCCUGGAUGAACCAGCACCAAAGAGAACCAGGAAUUAAUGAAGCUAGGGAAUCUCCUCCCUCUCCUCUCUUUUCUCUCUCUCUUCAGCCCUCCAUGGACUCUGGUGAGGCUCUGAACAUCCUGUCAGGUGACUUCAUGUCUUCCUCUGUGGCUCCAGCUGUCCAGGCUCCUGUCCUCUGCCCCCCAGCUCCUCCCACGCAGGUGAACAACACCCUCUGCCAUUCGUCGCUCACUUAUCAAACCAUCCUGAUUGGUCUGCUCUGUAUAAAUCUAUGAUCAUCCAAUACAUGUUUUUAUGUCUAGUUGCUUAUGUCUCUUAGUGUUUUCAUUAUCAGUAGUAUAACAGCUUAAUUAACAUGUACAUGCCUUGUUCUUGUUUUUUCCUUUUAUCUCUCCUCUCUUCUGUGUCAAGGCAUCAGAUGACUUUGCCUUGGAUGCCCUGGCAGAGGACUUUGUAGCCCCAGCUGUUGCUCCUGCUGUAAAAUCUGCUGUUGACCGCCAGGUACUAAGACACACUUCAUGUGAUAUCAUUGUUGUCUUAUGCUUCAUUCACGUCCAAGAUAUCGGGUCAGUCACAUUUCCAUUGUAACUUGUCAGUGUGUGUAGCUAUCUACAGGGACAGUAGAUGCUCUAGAUACCUUGUCAGACACCCUGAUGGACAAGACUCCUAUCCCAGAGCCUGCUCCUGUCUCAGUCAGAGACAUCGUCAAGGUACUUAGAUUUUAUAAAGGGUUUAUGCAGGCUUAAUUAAGCCUACAUAAGAUAUACUUAGUUUAAAGUGUGACGGAAAAUUCCCUCUGUGCAACAAAACUGCCUAAAGCUAAAUAUUCUGCGAAUUUCGAGAUUAUCAUCUCCAUUCCUUGGUCAAAAUAGAAGCCUUACCUCAAUGCAACUAAACCUGUAGCCAAUACGAGCUAAUGCUAUCUGUUAUUUUACCUCAGUCUGCUCUCUGCUCAUCCUAGGAGAAAAAGAUUAUGGAGGAGAAGCUUAUCAAGGUGGGGGAGAGAGAUGACAGCCUUCCAGCUGAGUAUCGGCCCACAGAGAAAGACCGAAAGGUAACAUAUCAAUAGUAGUAGUAGUAGGAAAUAAAACAGGGAAUCCUGAAGAUGCUAAUUCUAAUCUAAUGUGCUAAUGAUAAUGUAAAUGCUAAUGCUAAUAAUGCAUAAAUAAAAAGGUAAACAACCUUUACAUGCAUUUACGCUCCACUACAUACCCUGAACAUUUCACAAUAAACCAUAAAUAAUACUAUACCAUUCUGAUCACUUUCAUCUUUUGUUUUUACAUUGGAUUUGGACUAAAUAAUAAAAAACUGUUUAUACCCUGUGAGGUGGAUAUAGGGUGUAAGCAAGGCUGUAUAUUUAAUAAGGUUAUGUGUCUUUUCUCCUCACAGGCAAUGGCAGAGGCCAAAGCCCAGGCUGAUGUUAGACCCAAGCAGGUGAGGUUUAUGUCCAAUCGUAUCUAUAAUCGCACAGGUCAGUCAUAUACAAUGUCAAACUGUAUUGAACACAAUGCAACAAACCGGAUGUACAGUACAUAAGUGACCAUCUUCCUCUCUCCUUAUAGCCGUCGAUGGAUGACAGCGAGGCCCUCAACCUCUUGUCCAAUGACUUCUCUUCCUCAGCUGGUCCAGCUGCAGCCUCAGUAGCCGUGACAACAGAACAGAGACAGCCCAGUCUGAAGGUACGUAACUACUGCAGACUAACAGACCGCCAAAGUGAGUCUCCGAGUAGGACGGUUGAUUUAGGAUCAGUUUAGCCUUUUAGAUCAUAAUGAAUAAUAUUAUAUAGACAGGGGUGAGACCUAAUCCUAAAUCAGCACUCCUAUGCUGAAACGCUUUUUGAAUACAGGCCCUGUGAUGUUGUGUUAGUUGGCAGGUUAAUUAAUUGACUGGCUGUUUGCGUUUCUCUGUCUAGCCCAUGUCUGCCCUUGUCCUGGAUGACCUGGCAGGCACCCUGCUCCCAGAUGCCCCCGAGUUCAAAUCCAAGGAAGACAAGCCAAAGGUGAGGAGGGUAUCUAGCAGCAACAUUUACAUUUAGCAGACGCUCUUAUCCAGAGUGACUGACAGUUAGUGAUUGCGUACAUUUUUCAUACUGGCCCCCCGUGGGAAUCGAACCCACAACCCUGGCGUUGCAAACGCCAUGCUCUACCAACUGAGCUACACGGGACCUGUGGUCUCAUUACAAUAAUCAUGUCAAAAUAGUGACAUUUAACCAGUGAAGUUGUACGUCUCAAAACAUUCAGACAUAUUUCUAAUAAAAUCUGCUAGUUUAGUAAAGGCAAACGAGGGCCGGGAUUUUAUCCAAACGCAGGUUAUAGGCAAUGUAGCUUUAAAUGGCAAUGUUCCUGCGGGUGCGGAGAUUGCAUUCACGGUACACGCUGCAUAUGUCAGCUCAAUCGGACAUUGCAUUUAAAAGCCGCAUUGCAUAUAACCCUUGAUGUGAUUAAAUCCCGGUCUAACCAUUGAUUCUCUGGUUAUAGAGACAGUGGUUGUUGAUUGUCUUACAGCGCCCUUUAGUGUUAACCAGAAGUCUCCCAUAUCACAUAUCACCAUAGUGCUCCCUAAAGUUAUGUCCACUCUGACCAAUGUCUCCACUUUGUUUGUUGUAGAGCAAGAGCAAGUCAAGGUCGAAGUCAAAGGUAAGGAAACUACCUUGAGAAAACAUGAAUGAAAUUAUGUCCUAAUAAUCAUGCGAGAUACAUACCCAUAUCAAUGUCCUCUAAUUGACUUGACCUUUUGCCUCAGAAACAAAAGGAGGAGGAUCUGUCAGCCCUAGACCACCUAUCUGGACAGCUGAGUUCAGACGUAGUGCCAGCAUCCACAAAUAAGGGUGGCAAGAGCUAG